AGAAACUGUACCUGACAAUAUUCAUUCUUUCUCCCUGCCCCCAUCUUCACUGUUGGAUUUCAAAUUCCAUUCUGGCUAUUUGUGUGUUUAGUCAAAAGAAUACAUUUUCACAGUUUUCUUUGGCAAAUAGAUCUGGGCAUGUGGCUGGGGUAAAGUGAGAUGUAAAAAGAAGCAGCUUCUGAAGCCUUUCAGUUGAGGAUAAACCCAGGGCCCCAGGCAUGCUAGGUAAGGACCAUAUCACUGAUACACGACUGCAAACCUCCAAGAACACUUUCAAAGGGAGAUAUCUCACCUGAAAGGGGAUUCCCACCUUUUCAACCCUUUAAUGUGGUUCUCAACUUGUAGAUCUCAACACCUCUGGGGUCGUAUAGUAUAUCAGAUAUCCUGCCUAUCAGAUAUAUACAUUAAUAUUCAUAACAGUAGCAAGAUUACAGUUAUGAAGUAGCAACAAAAUAUUAUGGUUGGAGGAUCACCACAUGAGAAACUCUAUUAAAUUGUCACAGCAUUAUUAAGAAGGUUGAGAAUCACUGCUUUAAAACUAUGUUCUCCCUGGGAUGUGUAUGGUCUGAUGAGUGCACAUGUAGGUUCUGUGAUAGGAAUGGUGGGCUGAAAUAGUAUGGAAUGAACUUAAUAGAGAUGGGGUCCUGGAUGACUCAGGGGUUGUCAUAUUAUUCCCUCUGUUGCCAAUUUCUAAUUAUACAUAGAUGUGUCUGUAUGUGGGCAUGUACAUAUGGGUUCAGGUACCCUCAGAGACAUUAGAUCUCUUUGAUCUGGAGUCACAAAGGGCCCUGAGCUGCCUAUCCUGGUUUCUGAGAACCAGAUUCAGGUCCUCUACAAAAGCAACAAGUACUCUUAACCACAGAGCAGUCUCUCCAGUCCCUACAUUUAUUAUGUUUUAAAUCUUUUCAUAAACCCCACUAUGUGAGUUAGCAAUUAUUCGUGUGUGUGUGUGUGUGUGUGUGUGUGUGUGUGUGUGUGUGUGUGUGUUUAGGAAUACCACCUGUUAUCAAAUGAAGAUAUAUAAAGAUUGCCAUAACAAGAGUUUAGACCUCAUUGGUUUGAGGAAUCCAGUUAACAACUUCUGGAGCAAUUAGCAAAAUUGAUGAAUUAAUAAGGGUAUCAGUGUCUGUGCAGUACUGGAAUUCAAACCCUGAGUCGCAUGCAUGCUAAAUGUGCUUUAUCACUGAACUUCCUGCCCUGCUCAUCGUGAAUUUUCACUGCAACUCAAUUCGAAUUAUGGAAACAGAAAAUCUAAACAAAAGAAUACAAAGAUUACCCAGGCUUUCAAUAUAGAAUGUAAGCUCUAUCUUUAAAUUUAAAUAGGACCUAAUAGAAUAAAUUUAAAUUUAUUGUUAAACUGUCACAACUCAAUUAUUGAACGAUGAAUGAUUUAAUUAAAAAUAAGCAAAAAAACAGAAUAUUUUCUGAAGAAGAUAUGGUUAAUGUGCAUCCGAAAAGCUGUACAACAUCGCUCAUCAAAUCAACAUCACAGCAAGAUGCUUGGACCUCCCAGGAUGUCAAGGAAAAAAGCAUCAGAUCAGUGUCGGGAGGAUGUCAUAAUUUUGAAACCCUGACACACAGCUCAUGAAAUGUAAAAUGCUGCAGCCAUUUUCGAAAGCAGCCUGUCAGUUUUUCAAAUGGGUAACAUAGAGAUAUCAUGUGGUAAGCAAUUCAGCUUACCAUAAAAUAUGUACAUGAAGCCGGGCGGUGGUGGCGCACGCCUUUAAUCCCAGCACUCGGGAGGCAGAGGCAGGCGGAUCUCUGUGAGUUCGAGGCCAGCCUGGUCUACGGCACAAGAUCCAGGAAAGGCGCAAAGCUACACAGAGAAACCCUGUCUCGAAAAACCAAAAAAAAAAAAAAUAUGUACAUGAGCUGGGAGGUGGUGGUGCUUGCUUUUAGAGAGCCAGAGACAGGUGGACCUGAGUUCAAGGCCAGUCUAGUCUACAGGGUGAGUUCCAGGACAGCCAGGGCUACAUAGAGAAACCCUAUCUCAGAAAACCAAAUGUGUGUGUGUGUGUGUGUGUGUGUGUGUGUGUGUGUGUGUGUACGCAUACAUAUGGGAGUCUUCAUGGUAACAUUGUUCAGAAAAGCAAAAGGGUAGAAACAUUCCAAAUGCCGAAAUAAACGUGAGCCUGCUACAGUCAGAAAAAGUAAUAAAAAUACUGACACAUGCCAGAGUUUGGAUGAACCUUGAAAGCACCCGCCAAGGGAGGGAAGCUGACCUCAGAAAUCCACAUAUUCUAUCAUUCUAUUCGUAUGGAAGUCUACAAUAGAGGACUCCAUAGAAAUCAAAAAAGGAGACUAAUUAUUCCUUUGGUCUCUGCCUAGGAAAAAAGAGGAAAUAAUAAGAUGGUAGUUAAGGGAUGUGAGGUUCUUCUUUGGUGUAAGAUAUAUGCUCCAAAACUGACGUUGAUGAUGGAUGCACCACUUUGUGUAUAUGUUAAAGGGCUCCAAGCUUUACUUUAAAUGGACGUAUUUAAGUGUAUGUUAUAUCCCAAAGCUGUAUAUUACAAGACACAGGCAUUAUUCAUGCCAAAUAUAAAAAUCAAUCCAGGUCCACAUAUGUCUAUUUAUGAAAUAAUUUUCUGGUAAUUGAACGUGGGGAAAACCUACCAUUCUUUCCUUGGAUGUUGGAGAGAAGACAGAGUCCAUUCCUUCUUUAAUAAGCGUGUCUACAUUCUCUAGAAUUCACUGGUUGAAAUUUUUGCAUUGCCUGCUAAUUUCUAUCUCUGUGGUGUGCAUAACGAAAACUAUGUGCCUGUGAAACAUUCCCCAUGCUAUUUUUGAGACUUUGCCCCUCAAUGCAAAUGUUGAUUAUACUAUCUUACUUAGUCAUUGACACAUUAGCAGCAUUAAAUACUCAAUACCAUGAAUGAAAAUUUAUUUUUGUAUUUAGUUUUAUGCAAUACCUCAGUGUUUUAUUUAUACGCACAAAAGCAACUUGAAAAAAGUUAGUGAUUCACAUUAUAUAGUUUACUCCACAUGUCUUGGAGAAUUUUGUCUCCUGUUAAAUCUGAACAUGUAAGGCUCCAUGAGGCCGCGCGGUGGCGCUGCAGGUUAAGAAGACAGAGCACAGGAAUUGCUUCUGCGAUCUCUUUCUCCUGACAAGUUUCUCACCACCUAGAAGCAAAAGACGCGCUUUCCUCAGCCAAGCAAGAGCGAGUGUAAAACCUUAAAUAUUCUAUUGGGAGGCUUGAUUCUGACGUUCUGGACUGUGAGACGGUGCUCUCAGGAUCCUGGGCAUAGACGAAGCUACUGUGAAGCAAACAGGAAAGAGGAAAGAGCUAUGGAGACUGCGUGGAUGCACAAUAUGAGACAAAGGCAAGUCCUGAUUUUCUUUGUUUUGCUGAGUGUGUCUGAGGCAGGCACGGAGCUGGGUCCCUAUUUCAUACAGGAAGAAAUGGAGAGGGGUUCCUUUGUGGCAAAUCUUGGGAAAGAUCUGGGUGUGGAGCUGGCAGAGAUUUCCACCCGCCGGGCUCGGAUCAUUUCCCAGGAAAAUAAAGAGCAUUUGCAGCUCAAUGUUCAGUCUGGAGAUUUGCUCAUAAACGAGAAACUAGACAGAGAGGAGCUAUGUGGCUCCAUUGAACCUUGUGUUCUACACUUCCAAGUGUUAAUGGAAAAUCCUUUAGAGGUAUUUCAGGCUGAAUUGAGGGUGAAGGACAUAAACGACCAUUCUCCAGUGUUCAGUGAAAAGGAAAUGAUACUGAGAAUACCAGAAAACAGUCCUCUGGGAAACACAUUCCCUUUAAAUAAUGCUCUGGAUUCAGACGUAGAAAUUAACAACAUUCAGAGCUAUGAAGUCAACUCCAACUCUCAUUUCCUGGUUGUAACCCGCAACCGCAGCGAUGGCAGGAAGUACCCAGAGUUGGUGCUGGAGAAAGAACUGGAUCGGGAGGAGGAGCCCGAGCUGAGGUUAACCCUGACAGCCUUGGAUGGCGGCUCUCCUCCCCGGUCUGGGACGGCGCGGGUUCUCAUUGAAGUAGUAGACAUCAAUGAUAACGCACCCGAGUUUCAGCAGCCAACUUACCAAGUGCAAAUUCCAGAGAACCGCCCCACAGGGUCCCUGGUAGUCACAGUCUCAGCCAGUGACUUAGACAGUGGAGAUAAUGGAAAAGUACUGUACGCACUCUCUCAGCCUUCAGAAGAUAUCAGCAAGACAUUAGAAGUAAAUCCUCUAACAGGGGAAAUUCGGCUACGAAAAGAGGUAGAUUUUGAAACAAUUCCCUCUUAUGAAGUGGAUAUUAAGGCCACGGAUGGGGGAGGUCUCUCAGGAAAAUGCACUCUGCUCCUGCAGGUGGUGGACGUGAAUGACAACCCCCCAGAAGUGAUGCUGUCUGCACUUAACAGCCCAGUUCCAGAAAACUCUCCUGAUGAAGUAGUUGCUGUUUUCAGUGUUAGAGAUCCUGACUCAGGGAAAAAUGGAAAGGUGAUUUCCUCCAUCCAGGAGGACCUUCCCUUUCUUCUAAAACCUUCAGGAAAGAACUUUUACACUUUAAUAACCAAGAGAGCGCUAGACAGGGAAGAAAGAGAGCAAUACAUCAUCAUCAUCACAGUCACCGACAUGGGCACACCCAGGCUCACAACACAGCACACUAUAACAGUGCAGGUGUCUGAUGUCAACGACAACGCCCCCGCCUUCACACAAACCUCCUACACCCUGUUUGUCCAAGAGAACAACAGCCCCGCCCUGCACAUAGGCACCAUCAGCGCCACAGACUCAGACUCAGGCUCCAAUGCCCACAUCACCUACUCUCUGCUGCCCACCCACGACCCGCAGCUGGCCCUCGACUCGCUCAUCUCCAUCAACGCUGACAAUGGGCAGCUGUUCGCGCUCAGGGCGCUGGACUACGAGGCCCUGCAGGCCUUCGAGUUCCACGUGGACGCCACAGACCAAGGCUCUCCUGCGCUCAGCAGCCAGGCGCUGGUGCGUGUGCUGGUGCUGGACGCCAACGACAAUGCGCCCUUCGUGCUCUACCCGCUGCAGAACGCCUCUGCACCCUGCACAGAGCUGCUGCCCAGGGCGGCAGAGCCAGGAUACCUGGUCACCAAGGUGGUGGCAGUGGACCGCGACUCUGGACAGAAUGCCUGGCUGUCCUUCCAGCUGCUCAAGGCCACAGAGCCCGGGCUGUUCAGCCUGUGGGCUCACAAUGGCGAGGUGCGCACCUCCAGGCUGCUGAGUGAGCGCGAUGCUCCCAAGCACAGGCUGCUGCUGCUGGUCAAGGACAAUGGAGAUCCUCCAAGGUCUGCCAGUGUCACUCUGCAUGUGCUGCUAGUGGAUGGCUUCUCUCAGCCCUACCUGCCUCUGCCAGAGGUGGCGCACGACCCCGCCCAGGAUGAGGACUUGCUCACACUGUACCUGGUCAUUGCCUUGGCUUCUGUGUCUUCCAUCUUCCUCUUGUCUGUGCUGCUGUUUGUGGGGGUGAGGCUGUGCAGGAGGGCCAGGGCGGCCUCUCUGGGUGGCUGCUCUGUUCCUGAGGGACACUUUCCUGGCCACCUUGUGGAUGUCAGUGGGGCGGGGACCCUGUCCCAGAGCUACCAGUAUGAGGUAUGUCUGAUGGGCGAUUCUUCUGGGACCAGCGAUUUUAAAUUCGUAAAGCCAGUUCUCCCUAGCUCCCUGCCCCAGUGCUCUGGAAAAGAAUUAGUGGAAAAUUCUACCCUCCGGAAUAGUUUUGGAUUUAAUCAUUAUUAGAAAUCUCCUUAAGAGAUAUUUACUUCCUAAUAUUCUUGUUGAUUAGCUAAGUUCUGUAUACCUGUUACUAACAACAAUUUUAAUUUUCACUUUACUCAUCAGUGUUCAGGUUUAUGCUUAAAUGUCAUAGGGCUGGUUUUACUCUUAUUUAUCGCAUAGAAUUUCUUCAUAGGAUCCCAGUAAGUGAAAAGGCUUUAUCUACACAGUUAAAGUGAUUGUUAAAACUUUUCUACCACUUUGCCCUUGUUGACUUCAUUAGCUCUGCACAUUUCAUGUAAGCGUUCUGUUUCUAGACUUCUUGAACUAUUAAAAUAUUGCACUGCCUGUUAUGUAUGCAUAUACUACUCGGUAUGUCUGCAUUCCCUUUCUCUUCUGGCAGUCUUGUUGAUUAGUCCUUGGUUUUCAUUAUAUAUAAUAGUUAUCUAAUGCCAUCCUAGUAUUUUAUAGUUCUAUUUCUCUUUGUUCAUAUAUCUUCAUUUAAAAUCUAUUUCUGUCAUAAGUAAUAGAAGCAUCUAGUCAAUUUGAGAACAAACAUAUUGUAAGAUAUUGUUUGUGUAGAUGUGCCUAAAUUUGUGGCCAUGAAGGCAAAUUUUGGCAUUCUAAGGCAUCAAAUAGAAGCAUUUAAUAAUUUGCUUUAAUUCAGCAUGGAAACCUUAGAUAGACAUUGAGUUUUCAGUGGCUUACAAUCCAGUUGCAUUCUGCUGAAUAAACAGCAUAUGUGUAUCACCAA